AUGUCGGGAAGAGCAACAAAAACGGAUAUAGACAAGGUGUGGCAAACCUUCGACUACAACAACAAUGGCAUUCUGUCCUUGGCCGAGAUAGACCGAGCUGUGAUAGAAUUGCUCCCCCAGUAUGCCAAAGAUAAGCCAGCCAUCUUGCGGGCAUACAAGGCCGCGGAUGCCAGCAAGGACGGUUUCAUUGACCGCAAAGAAUUUGAGAGACUGGUAGACUUUUUGGGGUACUAUGAUGACCUGUUCAAAAAGUUCUCCAAGAUGGACACGGAUGGAGAUAGGAGAGUGUCGUUUGAUGAAUUCAAGAAGGGGUGGUCUGAUGCUGGAUUCAGUGUAAACGAGGGAGAUGUAAGGAAGACUUUUGACGCCAUUGACAAGAAUAAGGGUGGUUACAUCCUCUUCGAAGAGUUUUGCGGAGCGCUGGCGAAGAAGAAGGUGUCAAGUAAACAUUAG